CGUCUUGUACAAAUCCGAAGGCUACUGAGCGAGGAAGCAGAGUCUCAGAAGAUGAGAGGACCGUGAAGUCAUGCCCCCUUGCCUCUUCGCUUCCCCUCUCUCUGGUACUUGUUGUUCAUCAUCUGUUCCUCGUCCUCCUUCUCCUUCUUACUUCGAGCAAUUCAACCGUCUAGAUAUGUCGACCUCUGUUCGAUUUGCAGUCAAUGGAGACGUAUUUCUUAAUGUUGAAGUAUGGUGAUUGAGACCUACCAGAAGAUGAAAAGGCAUUUCAGUUCUUUGAGGUGAUUUUGGUAAUGAAAAUGUGGAACUUGUAAGAAGCAUUGUGGAUCCCAAAAUUACAAAAGCAGUUAUAUUAGGAAUCCAUGAUUUCAUAAAAGCCUAAGAUCUAAGAUGAAUGACAUAAGUGGAAGAAACUGGGUGUUUGAAGGUGGUGAUCCUGUUUGCAGGAGGAUUGGAGAAUGUUGUUCUAUGAGGGAGAAGAAAAAACAAAAACAGAGGCUCAGAGGGGCAGAGAGAGAAAGAGGCUGCGGAAUUGAAUACUUUUGAUGGAGUAGUUGUUGUUGUUGUUGUUGGUGGUGGUGGUGGUUUUGUGUUGAUUCUGGUUGUUUCGGUGGUGGUUUGUGUGUUUUAAUGGGCAAUGUAACGUCUAACGUUGCUGCAAAGUUUGCAUUUUUCCCGCCAGACCCACCAACGUAUGAUGUGUGCAGCGAAGAUGGGAAGCUUUAUUUCUCAGGAGUCACGGCUGAUAAGAACAUGGACGUUCAUCUGCUUGAUACCAAGGGAGGGAACAAGAUUGUUGCGACGUUUUGGAGACACCCACUUGCUAGAUUUACACUUCUGUAUUCUCAUGGCAACGCUGCGGAUUUGGGUCAAAUGCAGGAGCUUUUUAUUGAGCUUAGAGCUCACCUCCGUGUCAACAUCAUGAGUUAUGAUUAUUCAGGAUAUGGAGCCUCGUCUGGUAAGCCAUCUGAGUUAAACACCUACUGCGACAUAGAGGCGGUGUAUAAUUGUUUGAAGAGAGAAUAUGGAAUUAAUCAAGAGGAUUUGAUUCUAUAUGGACAAUCAGUUGGUAGUGGCCCAACACUACACUUAGCUUCACGUUUACAAAGGCUGAGGGCUGUUGUUCUUCAUAGUGCAAUACUGUCAGGCAUAAGAGUGUUGUAUCCUGUCAAGAUGACAUUCUGGUUUGACAUUUUUAAAAACAUUGACAAAAUACGUCAAGUCAGCUGCCCAGUCCUUGUCAUACAUGGAACAAAUGAUGAUAUUGUUGAUUGGUCCCAUGGAAAACGCUUGUGGGAACUUGCCAAGGAAAAAUAUGAUCCACUAUGGGUAGAGGGUGGUGGUCACUGCAACCUGGAAACUUAUCCUCAGUACAUCAGGCACUUGCGCAAAUUCAUAAAUGCAAUGGAGAAACUCUCUGUUGUAAAACAGCCAAAGCAAAACCUUCCUCAAAACCCAACUAUCACUGAAACAAAACAUAACAAGUGUUUGAGAUUUGGCAAGAGAUAACUAGUUCUUUCAACUACUCCAAAAGGUGCUGUUUGGAAGCAGCUGCUGAGUUUGCAAUGGGAAAAUCUUCAGAAAUUCCAGGUAAACGUGCUUGCUUCAUAAAUCCAAUCUUAGGUGGGCAAGCUCCUUCGGCUUUGUCAAGAGAACUAAUAGGAGUCAUACAUAGAUGUUCGAUUCAGAUCAGGUUCAAGCACUAGUUUUGAGGCUCAAUGACUACUGUGCAAUGUUUUCACAAACAAAGUUGAAUAGUGUUUAUAUGAGGUUCCAAGAUUUUCCAUUCCUGAAUAUGUUUGAUGUAUAAUUCGCCUCUGUCAAGGCCUGUGUAAAGACUUGAUUCAAAAGAAAAUAUAUGGAUUACUUAUCAUACUUUUUCUCAAAA